AUGCUCUCAUUUCAGUAUUCCAGAAUGCUAGUGUCGGGACAAAAUGAAGACAAAAGGACACAACGAGGGCGUCCCAUCGAACCGGUCAGCUUUACCAAAAACAUGACGUUCUAUAAUAACGAGAAAAAGGCGUACGAAAAGGAUGACCACACGUUUAGGCUCAAGCAAUCUCUCGAUAGACCGCUUGUAUUAAUAUUCUCAUGGUUGCAAGCCACUGAAAAACAUCUGUCGAAAUACGCCGAGUUCUAUCUCGAGCAAGGUUUCGAGGUGCUGAGCGUUCACAUAACCCCCUGGCAAUUGGUGUGGCCGGUCAAUGGUUCGCAAAAGGUGGCAGCCGAUGUAGUGAAGUUUCUGUUGAACAACGACUUCGCCGAGGGAAUCGUCCUGCACGGGUUCUCGGUCGGUGGUUAUCUCUGGGGCGAGUGCCUGGUGAAGGUGAACGCUGAUGCCGCAGGUCGCCAAACGCUGAAGAAAAUCUGUGGCCAGGUGUGGGACAGUUUGGCUGAUAUUACGGAAAUUCCGGUCGGUGUGCCACACGCCAUGCUGCCGCGAAAUCCCACCCUUCAGAGUAUUCUGCGGAACUACAUAAACUACCAUCUGAAGCUAUUCCAUGACGAAGCGACUCAGUACUACGUAAAGUGUACACAUCUCUUCCAUCACGAACCGGCUCGUUGCCCGGCCCUGUUGCUGGUAUCGAAAACCGAUCCCGUUGGCACGGAGACGGCCAACCGGAGACUGUGUGGCAUUUGGGAAUCGGUCGGUGUGAAGACGACACUCAAGUGUUGGGAUCAAUCACCUCAUGUGGGCCACUUCCACAAGCAUCGGGACGAGUACGUGGAGUUGCUGCACGCGCACCUGCGAUCUCUCAAACUACCAAUGUACAAAGCUAAGCUCUAAUGACCUGGCUACAGUCCCGGGAGGCUCGGGCAUCCACCAAAAAGCGUCCUCUUCGAUUAGCGAAGAGUCCACGAAGGCGAGAUAAGGGCAUCGAGCAAAAAGAAGAUAAUCGAU